GGUUUCACAGUCCAUCCCAAGCAGCAGCAGUGAGUGGUAGUGACAGUGGCGACGCCAACCUCGGGAAGAGAAGAAAUCAGCAGUGGAGCAACGUGCUUGGCCCAUUUUAACUACACACAACUGCCGAAAUAUGAUGGUUCAUAUUGUGUAAUUUGUUAAUAGUGCGCGUUCUGCUCUUCCAUUUUAUCGUUGCGCAAAGACAAUACGGAUAUUAUAAUUUUAUUGUCGAAUACGUUUUUUACGUAAUUUUCAUAAGAACAAAAAGCAACAUUAGCGUUAACACCAACGUCUACCCUUUUUAUCACCGACACAAAUCACCGGAGCCUCAUGUCUCUCUGCUGGUAUUGUUUCUAAUGUUUUAUACCGCGUCUGGAUUUAACCAUGGAUGUUCAAAAUGAGCUUGAUUUUCAAUUUUUGGAUUUAAAUGAUUUAAAUGAAAGUGAUAAGAAUCAUUUAAUUGGUAUUUUGAAGUCACCUAACAUUACCGAUGCCUUAAAAUUACCAUGGGACACAGUUGAAACUAAUAAUGAUAUCAAUGCUUCUAUAACAGAGAUUCCUCAGUUACAAAACCAGUGGUAUCACAAUGCAAUGCCACCACCUCCUUCAUAUACACAACAAAUAAUAUGUAAUGAGUGGCAAGGACCACCUAUAUAUCCUGUUCCAACAGAUGCCCAUAUACAACCAUUUAUGCCUGCAAUGACUUAUUCUCAUCCUGGAUAUAAUCUUGGUAGUGAAAUUCAUGAUGUCAAUUGUAAUAGAGAAAAUAAUAGGAGAAAUAACAGAGGAAGAGGUAUAAGGAGAGACAAUUUCAAUCGUGGAAUGAAUCCUGCAAAUGAAAUGCAACCAGGAUACAUAGGAGAUCAAGGACAAUUUCAUCCACAGUUAUCCUUCGUAGUCAUGUAUCCUGAUCAAGCUCAACAACAACAAUUCUCUGGUCAUGUUCAUUAUCCUUUAGCGCUAUAUCAGCCAAAUCUUCAUACGCACACUAAUACACACCCGCAUGCUCAGCCCACAUAUGGAUAUCCCCCAUACCAUCAUCCUUCUAAUAAUAUGAGGUGUAUCCGACAAGCAGCACCUGUGCUUUCCCAACCUACCCAAGAAUGUGCAAAGAUACAGACUACAAAACCGUAUGAAAAACAAGUCCAAAAUGUUUAUACACCAGUAAAGCAACCUUUUCAUCAAAUAAAUGAAGAGGACAACUCAUCUCAGACCAAUAUAGUCACUACAGUGAUAACUGUAAAUAACAGUAAAGUUGAACAGUGUAAUGACAGCAUGGACGACAAUACUGCCAUCAGAAAAAAUUCCAAUGCAAAUGGAAAAGUACCUCCUGUAAAUGUAAAAAUUGAGCACAAUAUUGUGUCAACUGUAAAUGAAAAUUGCAAUGGAGCUGAAAAAAAUGAUAUGCCAUGCGUGAAUAUCAAUAGUAGCAUUGAGGUGAAGCAAAAUGGAGAAACUGAUAAGGAGUAUAAAAACGAAACUGUCUCUAGUAUUAAGACUACGGUUGUUAAAACAUUGUCCAAACCUAUACCUAAAGGCGAAACUGAAGCACAAAAGGAAGACAAUCUUGUAAAAAGUGUACUAGACGAAACUGUUAGUAAAACAUUAAAUAACUCAUCUGUUACAGCUAGUAAUGCUCCGGCAGCUGCAAUUCCUGCUACAUCACCCCCAAGUGUAUCUAACAUAUCUUGGGCAAGUGUCCUGAAAAAGGGAAACACAGAUGCACAAUCAACCCUAUCGAAUUACAAGCCCACAGCACGCAUUAAUCCAAUACCUGUUAGUUCAAUCACAGAAAAUAAUGUAACUACAAAAGUACAGGCACAAUCAGAAAAGGAUCAACGUACAGGCACAUCAGGUUUUACGAAUGAUAAUGUGCAAUCCAAUUCACAAAACAUGAUAAAUAAGAAGAAAAUCGUAGUAUCCACAACAGUGGGAAAUCGGUUUAAUCAUGUUCUGGCCUAUCAAAUGGGUGAAUUUUUAUUAAAUUACCAAAUGGAUAAACAAACUGUGAGUUUGUUACCUCGUGGAUUAACGAACCGUAGCAAUUAUUGUUACAUUAAUAGUAUAUUACAAGCUUUGCUAGCUUGUCCACCUUUUUAUAAUCUUUUAAUGGCUUUGCCACAUCCUAAGACUCCCAGUAAGACGUCUUACACUCCACUUAUUGAUAAUAUGAUUAAAUUUGUACACGAAUUUACACCUUUGUCAGAUGGUGCACGAUUGGCCAGAAAAGACAGAGCAAGUAAACGAGGGGAAGACACGAUAGUAGAUAUACAAAGCGGAGUGGCCUUCGAACCUUCAUAUGUAUAUACAAUGUUAAAAAACACAUCAGCUGCAGGCGUAUUUUCUGUGGAAGGGCGCCAAGAAGAUGCAGAAGAGUUCCUUUCGUGCCUUCUGAAUGGUAUCAAUGAUGAAAUGCUUGAACUUAUUAAAUUAGUAAAUAAUGACCAAAACGUAAUGGCUAGUGUUGAAACUAAUAUAAACUAUAAUAAUGGGGAAGAAGAAUGGAAGGUUAUGGGCCCAAAAAAUAAGGGAUCUAUUACACGUUGUACCGAAUUUGGUAGAUCACCAUUGUCCGAUAUAUUCCGUGGGCAAUUAAGAUCAAGGGUCUCACGAGUAGGAGAACAACCCACAGAUAACGUCCAACCCUUUUUUACGUUACAACUUGAUAUCGAGAAAGCUGGAUCUGUGAAGAGCGCGCUUGAGAUUCUCGUUGGAAAAGAUCAAUUAGAAGGAAUGACAUGUAGUAAAACAAAGCAACAAAUCGAAGCUUGGAAACAAGUAACUUUAGAAGAAUUACCAGUCAUUCUUAUAUUACACUUAAAGUGGUUCGACUACAAACUUGAUGGUUGCUCAAAAAUUCUCAAAAGUGUAGAGUUUCCAAUUGACCUGAAGCUAGAUAGUAAAUUCUUAUCGCCAAACGCUAUAAAAAAAUUGAAUCCGAAACAAAAACACUACAAGCUGUUUGCUGUUACUUAUCAUGAUGGAAAAGAAGCGACAAAAGGUCACUAUGUUACGGAUGCCUUUCAUGUUGGAUACGGUGGUUGGGUCAGAUAUGACGAUAGUUCAUUAAAAGGUGUUUCAGAGGGUAACGUAUUAAAGCCAAUCCCUCCCAGAGUUCCAUAUUUAUUAUAUUAUCGCAGAUGCGAUACUAUCGGGAAUAAUCAAUCGAAUAGCGGUAAAGCGCGUUAGAAAAAGAAGGAUUAAACGUGUAGGUGAAACUAUAUUUUAAGUCGAAAAAGAGGCAACUUGAAAGAAUGGCUUUUACAGUUUUGUGAUUCUUGUUGAUAUUUAUAUCUAAAUACAGAGAGUGUUUAUUAUUCAAUAUCAUGAGAAACAAAAAGCUAUUUCCUUUUAACAUGCUGUACUUCCAUCGAGUAUUUGUACUAAGAUUGUUGUUACAAGGUUUAUGCAUAGUUUUCUUGGUACACGAAAUAAAAAGACAGUUAACGUUGAAGUUGAA